GUCCCUCCGGACACAGCAGCCCCCUCUUAGCGUCGUUGCCCAUCCCCGGCCGUCCCCUCCAUCCCCCCUUGGACAUCAAGCACUUUCUGACCUUGAGGCUCAACGGGACAUCACCGCUCAACCUCUUCCCCAACUUCAACACGCUCAAGGGCAGCAACCAGGGGCUCAAACAGGAACCAAUGGACCCGGUGCAGAAGGCAGUGAUCAGCCACACGUUCGGCGUGCCCGCGCCGCUCAAGAAGAAGCAGUUCAUCUCCUGCAACAUCUGCCACCUGCGCUUCAACUCUGCGAACCAGGCAGAAGCGCACUACAAGGGCCACAAGCACGCGCGGAGGCUGAAAGCCAUCGAGGCCAUGAAGAACAAGCAGAAGGUGACGGGUGCUGCGGUGGCUGACUUGUCCCCCAGCCCCAAGGGCAGCGGGGAGCCCGGCAGCACGG